UUCCUGCAUUUGUAGAGCACAUACCAGACGUUUGUCUGCCGCUGCAAAGAGACAUGAGUGAAAUUACAUUAAAAGUCUCAUUUCAUAUCGAUCCAUCUGCACAAAUAGCCACCUGAACAAGCAGAACGAGAUUAUUUAAUGUUAUUUAUUUUCUUUCUUAUUUCCCCUGGGUUUCGGGUCACGCAGUGGAGAGGUGAGAAGGAGAACAGACAGCACUUUGUGAGUACAUGGUGUGUGUUGGUGCUUGCUGAGCUCCCGAGGAAAAGAAACAGUCGGUGAGGGGACGGUAUCGCUUUUUUUUUUUUUCUUUGGCCUGCAUGAUGAUUGUGGGAACAGACGCACCGAGUAACACAGCGAGUACAAGCUCAGUGGAGCUAGACACGGAGCAUGCACAGAGAGUCCCUGGGGCAGAACAGGGAGGGGCCCCGGCCCCGCAGGUCAAGCUGAAAGAAAGGCAGAAGUUCUUUGAGGAGGCCUUCCAGCAAGACAUGGAGCAGUACCUGUCCACUGGCUACCUGCAGAUUGCUGAGAGGAGAGAGCCAAUAGGAAGCAUGUCGUCCAUGGAGGUGAAUGUUGACAUGCUGGAGCAGAUGGAUCUGAUGGACAUGUCUGACCACGAAGCUCUGGAUGUGUUUCUGCACUCUGGGGGAGAGGACAACAGUGCCGCCUCACCUGUCACAGGUCCAGACGUUGAGUCCUUCACCACUGAGAUCAGUCUCCAGGUUCCCACCCAGGCCGAGCUACGCCACAAGCUUUCUUCCCUUUCAUCCACCUGCACCGACUCAGCUAGCCAGGACACAGAGGCCGGCGAUGAAGAUGAGGACGAGGAGGAGGAGGAGACUGAGCAAGGAGGAGGCGGUGGAUCAGGGGGAGGAGGAAGGAGGAGAAGGCCCCCCGUGGUGGUGACCCUUGACGAAGAGGAAGUGCACCCCGAUACAGCAUUGGUGGACGGGGUAGACCGAGAGGACCAGACCAGCAAAGACAGUGAGGCGAGCAGGCCGAAGGUUUGAGGACACAUGAACUGGAUUUAAACACAAACACACAGAGCUGCAAAAUCAAACUGCGAUAUAUAUCAAUAUUGGCUUCUUUCUUAAAUUGUCUGGAGAAAACCGUGUGAAAGAAAAGACACUGAGGUUGCACUAACUGCCACAUGACCUUGCCUUAAAAGACCACUGGUGUGAGUUCUCAAUUCGAAUUGAAUCCUGUAAAAUAAGUUUGAGUUCCCUUUAGCAUUAUAGCAUUAAAUGGCUUAACAAGCACAUGAAUAGUUUGAAAUAAUUCAGAGAAUACUCUAAUAUUAUGUUUCUGUGUGUGUUCAUGUUGAGACCAGGUGAGGCCCGUUACUGAAAAGUGAUGUGGACAAAGAGAAGACUACGUGAAAACCAUCCAUGUGUCCUUUUUGUGGGUCUUUGUUUUAAUGCUCAAUGCUAACACUUAGAUACUCACUAAAGAUCACUUAGAUACUACAGCUGAUAUGUGUUGGAGACUGGUGAAACUUUUGCUGAAUAUAAAUAAUGGGUUUCGUACCAAAUACUUGCCAACAGGAAAAGACUUUCACCAGCUCUUUCAGGUUUAUGGCAUUUUCAUUUUACAACUUACUGCAGGACACAUAGCAUUACAUUUAAAACUUACCUUGUACAGAAACAGUGUCCUGGUUAUGCUGAAUCAAGACUCAACAAUUGUGAUAGGAACAAUUUCUUUGGUAUCUAAAAUCCUGAAAUAAAUAAAAAGGGCACACAUAGACCUCCCCCAAGGCCAAAUGCCAUAUUUCGCAAUGUUAAAGGUGCAAUAUACGCGUGAUCAUACUGUUAGCUCUGUCAGCACUGUUGCUGUUGUUGCUACUGUUAGGCUUUUAGCACUGUUAUGCCAUUAUCAUAACACCUUUCCACAGAACGCUCACACUCAGGUUGACUCCGUGAGUGUGAGUUAACCCCUAUUAAUACUGUUAGCACUGCAUUUCCAGCUGCCACCAUUUUGGCAAAAGCCACCACCAUGUUUGCUUGUGAUAUCUGAAGUGAAAGCCGCGCUCUUUCCUGGCUCAGGAUAGUAGUUUUUCUGCAAUUCUGCUGACAGACCUACACACAAACUAAGCCGAACGCAUGACUUCCUAGGCGGAGGUAUUAAAGGCUAGCAUGACUAGAUUUUUUUAAUUUGGGCGAAUUGAGCCUUUAACAUAGCAAGCAAAUGCUAAAUAAUUAGCAAAGAGCACUUGACAAAUGAUCUGCAAGGGACGCAUGGAUGAUUUUUUUCAUGACUUUAUAGAUAAGCUGAACCCCAAAGCAUUUCUUUAACCAGAUUCUGCAAUAUUUUAAAUGCAAACUACCGAUUCGUUUGUGCCAUCAGCUCUGAUAAACGUGGCAGGCACUUGGCAGUGAGUUAUAUACCACAUAGCACUGUAUGUUGGACAGACUGGUGUUCAGGUACCUAGAUAUUAAUUAUUUAACACACACACACACACACACACACACACGCACGCAGGAGAGUUACCCAUUGCCAUUCCUUUGACCAAUAAUAUUUGGGUAAACUUCUCCCUUUGAGCGAGGACCAAAUCCCUGUUUGGACUGUGUGCUAUGCACUGGACAACACCCAGAAGGUUGAACUGUAUCCAGACUUUUUUGUACAGAAAUGUUGACAUUUGUGCGAUGUGACAGCAUUACUCCUUCCUUUCUUUUCCCCUGCCUACAAUUUCUGACUUGUUGGUAAUAAAUGUU